CUGCAUUUUCUGGAGAUUUCGGAAGAGCCCGACACCAUUAUAUAAGCGGAAAAAUAACGGCGUUGACCAAGAACGUGAAAAUCGCUUGUGUACAAGCACAGAGAAAAAGCCAAACUGAUCGAGGAAAAUAUUGCGGCAGUUUGAGUUGACGAAUUGAAAUAAUAGAAUCAGCGGUUGAUUUAUUCCAAUCUUCACGCAGCUUUAGUUGGAGAAAGAAUUUUGAAGAUGUCUGUUGUGCCAUUUUUGAGAGCUUUUUGGGAUGAUCCUUGGGAAGGCAUGACGGCUCCUUCUCGACUGUUUGACCAAGCAUUUGGUGAUGUUCUCUCCGCAGACGAUUUUCUUCCACCAACAAUGUGGAGGGGGAUGGUCGUCACUCCGCGGGUGCAGCGUCCUCCUCAGCUAAGCGGGAUGUCAGAAGUUGUGAACAACGAGAAAGAGUUCCGCGUUGGUCUAGACGUCCGACAAUUCAAGCCAGAAGAGAUCAACAUCAAGACACGAGACAACAGAGUCGUCGUCCACGGCAAACACGAGGAACGUCCUGAUGAGCAUGGCUUUAUUAUGAGGGAAUUCACUCGCCAAUACGUCUUGCCUAAGGACGUCGAUCCCAACGCUCUCACAUCAUCUCUGAGUGUUGACGGUAUGCUGACUAUCAAGGCACCCAAAAUGGCGUUGCCCGAGGCCAAGGAAAGGAGUGUUCCCAUUACACACGAGGCAGCUUGAGAGACUGUUUAAAAGACUGUUAGUGCUACAGAAAGCUAACUACUGAUUCGUCACGUUAUGCAUUGCCACUUUGUGACCAGUUUUUGUUUACUUUUUUUAAAAUGCUAAACUGUUUUGAUAUUUUUUUGUCUUCUUACCUAAUAGCCGCAAAGAACAUAUCUGGCGACCAUUGGAUCAAGAUGAGACUGUUAACGAAACUAAAUAUCGAAACAUAAAUGACUUGAUUUUUGUCAGCUUUUGUUUCAUACCAGAAUGGCGGCUGAAUUAAGUUACUGUAUCUUUUAUCUCAGCAGGGGCUGUAUUAACUUUUUUUUGAAAAUAUGUUGCAUUUCAUAAUUAACUCUUUUUGUCUUUAGAUUUGUUGGAAGAAAAAUAGUUUGUACGUUCAGUUGUUCAAAUAAAAAUCGAGAAACAUGUAAUGGGU